AAAAGCAAAACGUAAUAAUAUUAAGUAAAAUUAAAAGAUAAUAUUAAAAAAGUUGAUGAAACAAACAAGCAACAAAACAAAAAGUUUUUCCCCCACAUUGUUUCUGUGUGCCAUUAUCCUUAAUGUGUACCAUUAUACUGAAACACAGGAAGUGCUGAUUACACAAACUAGGAUGUAAAUCUACCUGUUCCCCUCUAUCAGAAGCGACCGUGCGACUUAACCACAUGCAGUACUUGUCACAAAGUGCCUGUUUUUGUUUAGUUUUCAUUUGGUUGCAGUAUGGCCUGUUUUCCUUUUGUCCUUAGUUUCCCGCUCCUUGUUUGUUGCUAUGGUUUCUAAUUAACGAGUUGUCACCUGUUCCUCAUUUGAGUUAAUUAUUUAAGUAUUUAAGUUUCUCCUUUUCAUUCAGUUGCCGUCUGGUAUUGUCUUUAAUGUUGUUACAUUUGUCUUCUUGCGUGUGGAUUAUUCUGAGUUUGGUUUAUUAAAGACCCUUUUGUUUUUGAAUACCUGUUUGGACUAUUUUCAUCAUCCUCUUCUGAACUGGCUUGUGACAGAAUACCAGACCCCAAAAGUAUGGCUCCAUAAAUGCCUCCAUAAAUGCUACCAUUUUUAUUUUUCAACAUGGCAGAGACAUGGAGGAGUAUGUGAAGGAGUUUUUGAGCAUCUGCUAUCGUGCCACUUGCAGUGACAUCACGCUCAUGGAGGGAUUCUGGGUUGGACUUGAUGAUGAGAGCCGGAUGGUGAUGCCAAGAGGAAACUCCUGCUGGAGUUUCACUCCAACCUCACUUACUAUCUAUCACAACCCCAGAGCCAGACCCAGCGCCCACACCUGCUGUGGAGAUGGAGCCAGAGCCCACCGCAGACCAAGAGACCCAUCUUAAGCCCGCUACGGAGUCUGAGACAGCAGCCUCGUCCAUUGUGGAAGAGGAGUCUGAGGUCUUAGCUGACCAGAGCCAGCCAUUCCUUCGACCCUCAGCCCUACAGUUCAUCCAGAGGCUCCACCUUGGGACUUCGUCACCAGCUCUGGCGUGGUAUGGGGAUUCCCUGGCUCUGCCUCGUCCCUCUGAGACCUCAGCUCCACCUCAGACCAUCUACCAAUCUGCUCCGCCCUGGCUUCUUGCACCCAUGGCUCCGCCCGAAACCGUCAUCCCUUCGGCUCCUCCAAGCUCUCUCGUCCCACUGGCUCCACCUGGGUCAGUCGUUCCCACACCAUCACCACGGACUUCCGGGCUGUCUGCUGCACUCUAGCCCUCCACCCCUACGGCUCUAUUCGGCUUCUCCAUCCCUCAGGCUUCACCGGGUACUCGCUCACACCUGUGUCACCUCGGUGACCUUGGUCCACUGGCCUCCAGGCUCCUCCUUGCCAUAACUCCACCUUGGUCACCUUGUCCAUCGAUGUCACCAGGUCUCUCGGCCCAUCGGACUUCGACUGGGACUCACUAUCUCCCUGCGUCACAUCAGUCGGUCAGGCUCCUCCCUCCAUCAGUUCCGCCAUGGGUCAUCCUCGUCUUGGCUGCCUCCUGCUAUGCUCUGGACUCCCGUCGGCGCUCUACUCAGCCAUGGAUUCUUCCAUCCGCUCCUCCAUGGGCUCUUCCUCUGCCUACUCCACCCUGAUCCCUCCUAUUAAUAUCUCCACCUCUUUGCCAGGUCCUCAUCCACCUCUAGAGCCCCAUCCUUUCCACCGCAGUCCUUUCCGUUGCGCCUUUCCGAGGCGUUAUGUCACAAAGUGCCUGUUUUGGUUUAGUUUUCAUUUGGUUGCAGUAUGGCCUGUUUUCCUUUUGUCCUUAGUUUCCCGCUCCUUGUUUGUUACUAUGGUUUCUAAUUAACGAGUUGUCACCUGUUCCUCAUUUGAGUUAAUUAUUUGAGUAUUUCAGUUUCUCCUUUUCAUUCAGUUGCUGUCUGGUAUUGUCUUUAAUGUUGUUACAUUUGUCUUCUUGCGUGUGGAUUAUUCUGAGUUUGGUUUAUUAAAGACCCUUUUGUUUUUGAAUACCUGUUUGGACUAUUUUCAUCAUCCUCUUCUGAACUGGCUUGUGACAGAAUACCAGACCCCAAAAGUAUGGCUCCAUAAAUGCCUCCAUAAAUGUAGCCCCAGUGGGGAAUUCUCCCUGGACCUCAGGGGCUACCAUUUUUAUUUUUCAACAUGGCAGAGACAUGGAGGAGUAUUUUCAUCAUCCUCUUCUGAACUGGAUUGUGACAGUACUAGAUUACACUGUAAUUUUGUCAUGAUGUCCCCUAUUUUACAUUUAAUUCCUAUCUUGAUUACAUCAGAGCUAUUGAGUAAGACUGAACCCCUUAUCCUUUGCCUCAUCCUUUUAAAAUACACUGGGGUGAUGUCAGACCCUCAAGACUGAUUAGCAUCGCACAACCAAUCAAUUCAACAUGUUUCUCAAGUGGCUGAAACGAGUCGGCAGAGAUGUUCUGAAAUGUGUUUUCUGAGUGCGUGUGUGGGGGUGUGUGAGAGAGUGAAUGCCUAAGGGUGGGAAACCCAAGGGGUCUCAUUAGUUCAUUACCUCAUUAGUGUGGAGAUAAUAGGAGGUUACAGCGAGUGAUACACUGUGAUGGUGUUUUAUGAUGUUAGAGAGGCCUUGAGUUCAGACUUACAGUGAUGAGCUCAUACUGGAUACGUGUUGUAUUUGAUUAUGACGUAAUCAUUUUCAUCUUGUGUACAUCUAAACAUUUGGUUAUUUAAAAAAAGAAAAGAAAAAGGGAGUAAUGAUUACUGUGACUAAAAUAUCCAACAAUACAAAUGUGAAUAAUUUAAAAUCUGUGUGGGAAAACCAUAUUUCCUCACAUACUGUAACAGCCUUGCUCAUUAGUCAGCAGUUCGUGAAUUGUUCAAGGCUGCAUUUCACAAAUACGUUGUGAGCCUAGUUGAUUGUAUAGAAAAGAUUUAACAGUUACUGCGUUCACAGAUAAGUUAAUAUUUUUUUUAAAUAAUGUUUGAAUUGAAUUUAAAUUUAACAGUUUGAAUUUAACAGUUGCUGCGUUUGACAUGUUUACAUCCUGCCAGGAUGUCAUCUAACAUAUCUUGUCUCUGCCGUUUGUAAGCUCUUUCAGUAGCUGUGGUCUAUUAAAGGCCUCAAAGGCAUCAGGGCUUAAGUGGAGAGAACAAAGACGCUGGUCUUUAGGAAGUUUUAUUAGUCCACAGGCAUCUUCACCUUCUUUUCUCCUCUUCUAAUCGCUAGGAAAGCAGUCACUUCUCGUGUUGCCCUUAGAAUUCGAAUGCAACCAAAAGCUGCUCAAUGUGGCACUGUAUCAGUAUUUUAUUUCCAGACUUGCGGUAAAAAUAGCAACAGGUAGUGCCAGUAGCUCCCUGACUGCAAUCAUUGAAAUAAUUGUGUCGCCAUAGUCCAAAAUAUGUAUAAAACCAUAUGGAUUUUUUAAAUAAAAAUCUUUCAUAGGUUUUCUACUACAUAUUUCAGUAAGAGACAUCAUUACAAGUCUUAAUUCCUGUAUUUUUGCUCAAAUAAAUGCAGCCUUGGUAUUUAUAUGUAUAAAUAAGCAUCAGUGAGCAUUUGAACCUUCUGUAAUAGCUGCGUAUGAGUCCCUCAGUUGUCCCCAGUGUGAAAAGAUGGAUCUCAAAAUCAUAGUCAUUGUCGGAAAGGGUUCAAAUACACAGAAAUGCUGAAAAACCAAAGGAUCUGUGGGACCUGAAUGAUUUUUCUGAAGAGCAGCAGGCAGUUUAACAGUUCAGGACAAACAAGGAACUCAUGAACAACUAUCACUUAAAAAAAAAACACAGCUGUGGAUCAUUCAAGUAACAACAUAGUAUUAAGAAUCAAGUGUAUGUAAACUUUUGAACGGUCAUUUUUGGUCAUUUUUCUAAGUUCAACUAUUAUUUCUCUUGUGGACUACAUGUAAACAUCUUUUUAAUGUGAAAUAUCUUAUUCAGGUCAGUACUAAAUAAAAAAUAACAUGCAUUUUGUUUUUUCCCUCUUAUUUUGGUAAGAUAAUUAACAUUUUGUAGAUUCUACUGUAUGUAAACUUUUGACUUCAACGGUUUUUAAAAAUUAUUGGAUAUUUGGUUACAUUUUUUCAUCCACCAAGCAAAAAGUCCAAUCACAUAGAACAGAAAUAUCACACCUCCAACAUGCUGCAUGAUUUUAGAUAUCAUUCAUAUCUACCAUUUAUGUCGCUUUAAACGCUUUAAAGACUGGGAAUGGCUUAGCAAGCACUACUCAAUUCAAAUAAAUGAAAAACUAAGUGAGCAGUUCAGUACAAAGAGAGCUGAAUUUGGCAUAAUACCUCAAGUCUGGAUCAUGGAUUAUGGUUUAGCGUGUGGUUGUUUUAAUCAAGACCAUACAUCUUAUGCCACAGGGGAUUAGACACUGUAGUGUACGUGAAUUUCAUGUAUUAAUGAUGACUGAAAAGAACACUUUGAGACACUGCAGAUGUAAACACAUCUGAGAAACAUCUCAGCAUAAUCCCUCUGAUGUCACUCAAGAUGUUCGACGAUAGAAAGAUACAUAUUGUGCAUAAACAACACAUGAUACAUGUACCAGAGCACACAGAAACACAAGCACUAGCUGUCUCUUCUUUUCCACUUCAAAUGUCUAAUGAUUUCAUAAUUAU